AAAACGAAAACAAGCCAGACGACAGGCAGGCAGACGGUUUCUCAUGGAAUUUUGAUUUUAUUUUUAUAGCCGGCGACCCAUGUUACCACCACUCUUGAGCUUUCAAAGCCAGCCAAGAACCUUGAAUUUACUUUCUUUUCUAUAAUAAUAAAACCCCCCAUUCAAAUCAAUCGACUUACUUGUGAGCAGAUUUUUGUUGUCCCAGUCAUGGCGUAGUAGUGCUUGUAGUCUCGCUCACGACUUGGUCCUUUUUCCUCUCUCUCUCUCUCUCUCUAUCGCUCUCUCUAUUUCUUUUAUUUGCACAAUUGGACGCCAGAACACGAGGAGUUUGAACAUUUCAUUUUGAGAUUGUCAUGUGGUGCGUCUUGUUCUGCUGCCGUUUGUUCUAAACACGACGGUCUUGAUAGGAUCGGACAAAAGGGAUCUCUGUUAGUCUAUUCCUAAGAGAGGACCCACAAGUUGAGAGCUAUUAAUAAUUCUUCUCUAGCCACCUUCAAAUAUGGCUUCCAGAUCAUUCAAAGGAAGUCGGUCAAAUCUCUCAACUUCGUCCGAUGUGCUUGAUUCUCAAAAGCCUCCAAUGCCUCCAACUGUGACAUUUGGCCGGAGAAGUUCCUCUGGUCGCUACAUUAGCUACUCAAGGGAUGAUCUGGACAGUGAAAUUGGGAGUACGGAUUUCAUGAACUAUACUGUGCACAUUCCUCCAACCCCUGACAACCAACCAAUGGAUCCAUCAGUCUCACAGAAGGUUGAAGAGCAGUAUGUGUCAAAUUCACUCUUUACAGGUGGAUUCAAUAGUGUCACACGUGCUCAUCUCAUGGACAAGGUGAUUGAAUCUGAAGCAAGCCAUCCCCAGAUGGCUGGUGCAAAAGGGUCGUCAUGUGCAAUUCCUGGUUGUGAUGCCAAAGUGAUGAGUGACGAGCGUGGUGAAGAUAUUCUCCCUUGUGAGUGUGAUUUCAAGAUUUGCAGAGAUUGCUAUAUUGAUGCAGUAAAAACGGGAGGUGGAAUUUGCCCAGGAUGUAAGGAACCUUAUAAGAACACAGAUUUGGAUGAAGUGGCUGUGGAGGAUGGGAGGCCACUCCCACUUCCUCCCCCAGGUGGAAUUUCCAAAAUGGAGAGAAGGUACUCACUCAUGAAGUCAACAAAGUCAGUGCUGAUGAGAAGCCAAACUGGAGAUUUUGACCACAAUCGAUGGCUGUUUGAAACAAGAGGGACUUAUGGUUAUGGCAAUGCUAUAUGGCCGAAGGAUGGGGGAAUUGGAAAUGGCAAAGAUGAUGAAGCUGCUGAGCAUCAGGAGUUGAUGAACAAACCAUGGAGGCCACUUACUCGGAAACUAAAGAUACCAGCUGCUAUUAUCAGCCCAUACCGGCUUUUAAUUUUUGUUCGGAUUAUUGCUCUUGGACUGUUUUUAACAUGGAGGGUCACCAAUCCUAACAAAGACGCAAUGUGGCUCUGGGGGAUGUCGAUUGUUUGUGAAAUCUGGUUCGCCUUUUCGUGGCUUCUUGACCAGCUGCCGAAGUUCUGUCCUGUCAAUCGUUGUACAGAUCUAAAUGUAUUGAAGGAGAAAUUUGAAACACCUAGCCCAAGUAAUCCCGCGGGAAAAUCCGAUCUUCCAGGCAUAGAUAUUUUUGUUUCUACUGCAGAUCCAGAGAAAGAACCGCCCCUUGUCACUGCGAACACUAUCUUGUCAAUUUUAGCUGCUGGAUACCCUGUGGAAAAGCUUGCUUGCUAUGUGUCUGAUGAUGGAGGUGCACUUUUGACUUUUGAGGCCAUGGCAGAAGCAGCAAGUUUUGCUAACAUUUGGGUUCCUUUCUGCCGUAAACAUGAUAUUGAGCCUAGGAAUCCAGAAUCAUACUUCAAUUUAAAGAGGGAUCCAUAUAAGAACAAAGUUAAGUCAGAUUUUGUUAAAGAUCGCAGACGAGUAAAGCGCGAGUAUGACGAGUUCAAGGUCCGGAUCAAUGGUUCGCCUGAUUCCAUCCGCCGACGGUCUGAUGCCUAUCAUGCCCGGGAGGAAAUCAAGGCCAUGAAGCUUCAACGACAGAACAAAGUUGAUGAACCUGUGGAGAGUGUCAAGGUUCCAAAAGCAACAUGGAUGGCUGAUGGAACUCAUUGGCCAGGAACUUGGUUACAGCCUGGACCUGAGCACUCUAAGGGUGACCAUGCUGGUAUUAUACAGGUUAUGUUGAAGCCUCCCAGUGACGAACCACUCCAUGGAACUGCUGAGGAUGGGCUUAUUGACCUCACUGAUGUUGAUAUCCGUCUCCCACUGCUCGUUUAUGUCUCUCGCGAGAAACGUCCAGGCUAUGAUCAUAACAAGAAGGCAGGUGCCAUGAAUGCCCUGGUUCGAGCAUCAGCCAUCAUGUCUAAUGGGCCCUUUAUUCUCAAUCUUGACUGUGACCACUACAUUUACAACUCCCGAGCGAUGAGGGAGGGCAUGUGCUUCAUGAUGGAUAGAGGAGGUGAUCGUAUCUGUUAUGUCCAAUUUCCUCAGAGGUUCGAAGGCAUUGAUCCUUCUGACAGAUAUGCCAAUCACAAUUCCGUUUUCUUUGAUGUAAACAUGAGGGCACUUGAUGGGCUUAUGGGUCCGGUCUAUGUCGGUACUGGAUGCCUCUUUCGAAGGGUUGCUCUUUAUGGAUUUGACCCUCCUCGAGCAAAAGAGCACCAUUCUGGUUGCUGCAGCUCCUGCUUUACUCGUCGAAAAAAUAAUUCCUCGGUUUCAAAUACCCCAGAAGAGAACCGGGCUCUAAGAAUGGGCGAUUCUGAUGAUGAAGAGAUGAACCUAUCCCUGCUCCCCAAGAGGUUUGGGAACUCCAGUUUCCUUAUUGAUUCUAUCCCAGUGGCAGAGUUCCAAGGUCGCCCCCUUGCUGAUCACCCGGCUGUGAAACAUGGACGCCCCCCCGGUGCUCUUACUAUUCCCCGUGAACUCCUUGAUGCAUCAACUGUUGCAGAGGCAAUCAGUGUCAUCUCCUGCUGGUAUGAAGACAAGACUGAGUGGGGACAGCGUGUUGGGUGGAUUUAUGGGUCUGUUACUGAAGAUGUGGUCACUGGGUAUAGAAUGCACAACAGGGGAUGGAAAUCUGUUUAUUGCGUGACUAAGCCUGAUGCUUUCCGUGGUACUGCUCCAAUUAAUCUGACUGAUAGGCUUCAUCAAGUCCUUCGGUGGGCUACUGGUUCUGUUGAGAUUUUCUUCUCUCGUAACAAUGCAUUGCUUGCUAGCACAAGAAUGAAGCUUCUACAGAGGAUAGCGUACCUCAAUGUUGGAAUCUACCCUUUUACAUCGAUCUUCCUGAUUGUCUACUGCUUCCUUCCUGCACUUUCUCUAUUUUCUGGCCAGUUCAUUGUGCAGACCCUCAGUGUGACUUUCCUUGUUUACCUUCUGGUCAUCACUGUGACACUCUCCAUGCUCGCUGUGCUCGAGAUUAAAUGGUCAGGCAUUGAUCUAGAGGAGUGGUGGAGGAAUGAACAAUUUUGGUUAAUUGGAGGUACUAGUGCUCACCUUGCUGCUGUCCUUCAGGGGCUACUCAAAGUCAUUGCUGGAAUCGAAAUUUCUUUCACCUUGACUUCUAAAUCAGGUGGUGACGAUGUAGAUGAUGAGUUUGCUGAUCUUUAUGUUGUUAAAUGGACAUCGCUGAUGAUACCGCCAAUCACAAUCAUGAUGGUGAACUUGAUUGCUAUAGCUGUCGGGUUUAGCAGAACAAUAUACAGUGUGAUACCCCAAUGGAGUCGACUAUUAGGCGGCGUUUUCUUCAGUUUCUGGGUGUUGGCUCAUCUAUACCCGUUUGCGAAAGGACUCAUGGGAAGAAGAGGAAGAACACCAACCAUUGUUUAUGUCUGGUCAGGUCUUAUUGCAAUCACCAUAUCCCUCCUUUGGGUUGCAAUCAACCCACCUGCUGGUAACAACACUAUUGGAGGCAGUUUUCAGUUCCCUUGAUUAGGACAUCUCACUGUUGAGUUGGAAUAUUUCUUUUCUUUUUAUAUAAAUUCAAUAUUGUUGAAAUUUUUUUUAUGUCAUAAUCCUCUUAGUAUACAUUCUUUUUCAUAAGAACAUUACAUUCUGGAGAAGAGACUAAUUGCUUUGUUUGUUGAUGCCCAUUUAGAUUUGGUUUCACUCACUUGUAGCAGUUUAAGUAAAGUUUCACUGUACCAGGAGAGAUUGAUAGUGGUUCACAGGGCAUUUUGUUUUUGUAUGAUGUAGUAUAUGUAUAUUGAUGACUGCUAUCAGUUUUAUUGCU